CAUAUAAGCGUACAUAUUCUUCUCAAACUGCAUUAUCUUUGCGAAUUCGAUAUUAUUCUUCUGUCUUUCAGGAUACUGUCUCGUCUUCUUCGACUGCAAUUGUUCCUCCUGAAAUUCCAACAUUUCAACAAACUUUAAACAUUGAUAAACCUUUAGUGAUCCUACCACAGCCUAGUCAACUUAAAGAUGACGGGAAAAUUCUUCCACACGUUUUUUCAGAAAAUCUUGCUGUAUUAUAUGCAUGUCUAAAAUUGGGACAGAUCGAGCGUGCCAAAAGAAUCUUAGAAUAUUUAGAAAGUAAAGGUCCUAUGGAUAUGAAACAUCUCUUAGAUGUUAACUUACAUAACGCAUUCAUAGAAGCCUUUUUGGAUGCGCCUGUUCCAGAACUUAAUUUAGCAUUCACUUGGUUAGAUAGAAUGUGUGAUAAAUGUCACGUAAAUCCUAAUCUGGUCACAUUUUCAAUCUUGGUGAAAGGAUAUUUGAGAAAGAGUGAGGAUUUUCAAUGUACAACGAUGCUUCAAGUUAUAGUUUGUGAAAUGGAAGACAAAGGAUUUCGAUUUGAACAAUUAAUAGAAAGUAAUUUAUUAUCUGAUGAUGAUACACAAAAAUUGUUUGAGUUACUUAAUUCAGAUAAGGAAUCAGGUCUUUCAAAACGACUUUUGAAACAACUUGAAGGUGAAACAAUCCCUUUAACUACUGAACCUAUUCCAACAAAGGCAAUUGGAGUUAAACUUAUGAAAAAUUCUCUUGAAGCAUUGAAGGAAAAAGGAUUGGAUGAAUAUGAUCGUCAGAUUAAGUUAGAGGAAAACGCGUUGCAUGGAGCUAUUGAACGUUGGAAACAUGAUUAUGAACAGAUGCGUAAACGAGGUGAUGCUUUCGCUGGUGUACCUUCAUUAAGAAGGGCCAUGUGGAAUUGGCAUGAAAAACUCGUUCCUUUGAUUGAAUCGGAAUUAAAAAAAACCAUUUCUAAGAAAAUUGAGGAAGAUGAUGAAUGCAUUGAUUCACAAACUGGAACAUUCUUGCGAUUGUUAAGUGCGGAUAAACUUUCUGCCAUUACAAUAUUGGAAAUGCUGCGUCGAACUAGUGAUAGUGAGGUUGUGGAAGGAAUGACAACAACUGCUGCUAUUAUGGCAAUUGGCAAAUCUGUAGAGAGUGAAUAUAAUGCAGAACAACUGAUAAAGAAACAGAAUCGUAAAUUGUUCUAUAAAGAUUUAAAUAUUCAUGAACUUUUUGCAUCCGGGAAAUUAUUUAAUAUGGAAAUUCGCCGGUUUGCGAGAAAAAUUGAAAAAGAAGAUAUUGAAACAUCAUGGAAACCUGAUUGGGGAUCGACAAUAAGAGUUAAGGCACCAGCAUUUUUUCAUUCUUAUGAAUAUAAUAGAGGUAAAAAAGUCGGGGUUAUCAAGCUUAAUCCUCAGUUAAUAAAAUGGCUUUCUAAUGAAUCCAUUAGAGAUCAUUUACAUCCUCGAAUGUUGCCAAUGUUGAUUAUCCCAAGGCCUUGGUUGACUUUCAAUAGUGGUGGUUAUUUGACAUCUCCAACUCUUGCCAUGAGAAUAAAGGAUUGUCCUGAGCAGGUUGCAUAUCUGAAAAAAGCUUCUGAUAAUUCACACUUGGAACAUGUUUUUGCUGGCUUGGAUGUCCUUGGUUCUACGUGUUGGUCAGUGAACAAAAAGGUAUACGAAAUUGUUCUGAAAAUUUGGAAUAGCGGUGAAGGUGUUCUUGACAUCCCACCUGCUGAUUUAAAUAUGGAAAUUCCUAAAAAACCCGAUGAUUUCGAUAAUAACGUUAAAUCGAGAAUUGAAUGGGCUAAGACAUGCAGAGAUAUUAACAAUAAGAUACGCAAUAAUCAUUCUUUAAGAUGUAUGGUAAAUUAUAAAGUUGAAAUUGCCGGUGCUUAUCUUGACGAACCAAUGUACUUUCCUCAUAGUCUUGAUUUUCGCGGUCGUGCAUACCCUAUUCCAUCAUAUUUGAAUCAUAUGGGUGAUGAUUUAUGCCGUGGUUUUUUGGUGUUUAAAGACAAAAAACCAUUAGGAAAAACGGGUUUAAAAUGGCUUAAAAUUCAUUUGGCAAAUUUAUACGGAAAUGACAAAGUUUCUUUUGAAGAGCGAGAAGCAUUUGCUGACGAAAAUAUUGCAGAGAUAAUGGAUUCUGCUGAUUAUCCUUUGAAAGGAAAGCGUUGGUGGCAAAAAGCCGAAGACCCAUGGCAAUGCUUAGCAGCAUGUAUUGAAUUAACUGAAGCAAUACGUUCACCAUUUCCAGAAGAAUAUCAAUCACAAAUUCCGGUACAUCAGGAUGGUACCUGCAAUGGAUUACAACACUACGCAGCUCUUGGUGGUGACUUGGAAGGUGCGUCUCAAGUCAAUCUGGCUCCAUCUGAUUCUCCAUCUGAUAUAUAUUCAGCAGUUGCUAAGCGGGUGAAAGAAUUGAUCAAAAUUGAUGCCGAUAUGGGUGAUGAAAAAGCUUUACUAUUAUAUGAUCAUAUUACUCGCAAAGUUGUUAAACAAACUGUAAUGACAACCGUGUAUGGUGUUACAUUUGUCGGAGCUCGAUUGCAAAUUGAAGCUCAACUCGAAGAAAACGAAUGUAUACCACAGGAUCGACUUCAUGAAUUAUCUCAUUAUGUUGCAAAACUUGUGUUUACUGGUUUAGAAGAAAUUUUUAAAGGAGCAAAAUCCAUCCAAGAAUGGUUAAAUGAAAGUGCUAGGCGGAUUGCGAAAAGCGUACCACCCGAGCGCGUAUUAAAGUCUGCUGAAGAGAUUAAGGAUGAAAAUGACAAUUUAUCUGAAAUAAAAGUCAGUGAUCAUCAAAAAAAGUAUUUAAAGAAAUCCAUAGUUAAAAUUCCGCCCAAUAGAUCAUCAUCUGAUCAAAUGACUGCAGUGGUUUGGACAACCCCGUUAGAUUUGCCAAUCGUUCAACCGUAUCGAAGGCCAAACAAGAGGCAAAUCAAAACUCACCUACAAUCCAUUAACAUUGUAGAUUCUGAGACCCCUAGUCCAGUAAAUAGUAUUAAACAACGAGCGGCAUUUCCUCCAAAUUUUAUUCAUUCACUCGAUGCUACACACAUGCUUAUGACUGCUCUUGCAUGUAAAGAAAAAGGAUUAACAUUCGCUUCUGUACAUGAUAGUUAUUGGUCUCAUGCAUGCGAUGUGGAAACUAUGAAUAACAUUAUACGCGAACAAUUUUUUCAACUUCAUAAUCAGCCAAUAAUGGAAAAUCUUCGAAAUGAAUUCAUUGAACGUUAUAAAGGCUAUAAAGUUCCUGUUAAAGUGUUAAGAAAAGAUUUAGUGAAACUUAAAUUAGGAAAGUCGGAUAAUUCUAAGACAAUACCACCUAUAGUAAUAAUGGAUAAUGAAUAUGAAGAUACCCUAAAUUUGGAUGAUUUAACUAAGAUCGCACAAAAACCUCCGGAAGAAGGGGAAAGAGAACUAAAAUUAAAUGAAAAAAAACAAUCUUCAAAGCAUGUACAUAUAUGGGUGGAUUUGACUUUUCCAGAAUUACCAAGUCGAGGAACUUUUGAUAUAGAAUUAGUAAAAAACAGUCAAUAUUUUUUCAAUUAA